AUGAUUCGACCUUCAUUAUCAUCAUCAUCUGUUAUAGGCAUCCCAGGAGGCAGCGGAGGAGCUUCUCCCGCUGGACCAGGCAACCCAAACACGUUCUGCCCGAGCCCGAGAUGGGUUGGGAAGCGGUCUCCUGUGGCGUUUCAGAGGGAUCCGUGGGGGCAGCAAGGGGGGAGCCAGCAGGAGGGCAGGCAGCAGGGUGGAAGGGAGAAUGCACGGCGUCACUCGGUGAGUGAGAUUGACGGGUCGGUGUUUGAAGAGCUUGCGCUUGCUGCUCAGCAGCUGCAGCAGUUGAGGGAUCCCUGA